GGAUUACGCAACCUUCUCUCUAUUCUUCCCAGCGGCCGCCAGUCUGUAGUCCAUAGGCUCUCUCUUUCACCGCUGUAAGUUUCGGCUGUUGUCAUGGAGUUGAAGCUAUCGUUCUCGUCCGAUAACGCUCCGCUCUCAGUCAUUGCGGCAGCGAAGGUCGCCGGAAUUUCUCUCUCCAUCGAUCCAACACUCAGUCCUGGCUCUCCUCCUACGUUGCUCCUCCCCGAAGGAUUGAAGCAGGGAACAAAUGAGCUUCUCCGGUAUCUCGGUGGGAAAGGAACCAUUUCUAAUUUCUAUGGCAUGGAUGCCUUCGAAUCUGGUCAGAUUGAUAAAUGGCUAGAGUAUGCCUCUGUUUUUGAAUCUGGUUCUGAAUUUGAGGGAGCAUGUGCCUAUGUGGAUGAAUAUUUGCUGCAGCGUACUCUUUUGGUCGGUCAUAAUCUCUCAGUUGCAGAUAUAGCAAUUUGGUCUGGUCUUGCAGGAACUGGGCAGAGGUGGGAAAGUUUGAGGAAGUCAAAGAAAUACCAAAACCUAGUGCGGUGGUUCAACUCAAUAUUCGUUGAAUAUAAUGAUGCCUUGAGUGAGGUCACAUCAACAUUUGUUGGUAAAAAGGGCUUGGGAAAGCCAAUGGCAUCCAAAGUAAAAGGAAAAGAGCAACAAGGUUCUAAUCCUGAUUCCAAGAAUGUAAGUGGCAGUGCUAAUGAAAAGGGAAAUGUAGGCAAUCGGCCCACAUUUGAAGUAGAUCUUCCAGAUGCUGAAGUUGGAAAAGUGAAGUUGCGUUUUGCACCGGAACCUAGUGGUUAUCUUCACAUUGGACAUUCAAAAGCAGGACUAUUGAACCAGUAUUUUGCUCAAAGGUACCAAGGUCAGGUGGUCGUGCGCUUUGACGAUACAAAUCCUGCUAAAGAAAGCAAUGAAUUUGUGGAUAAUAUUCUGAAGGAUAUUGAAACUUUGGGUAUUAAGUAUGAGAAGGUUACAUAUACGUCGGAUUACUUCCCUAAGCUAAUGGAAAAAGCUGAGGAAUUGAUUCGUGAGGGUAAGGCGUAUGUUGAUGAUACACCACGUGAUCAAAUGCAAAAAGAAAGGAUGGAUGGAAUUGAAUCAAGGUGUAGGAACAACAGCUCUGCAGAGAACAUGAUAUUGUGGAAGGAAAUGAUUGCUGGAUCUGAAAGGGGUUUACAGUGCUGUCUCCGAGGGAAGCUGGAUAUGCAGGACCUAAACAAGUCACUUAGGGAUCCAGUAUAUUAUCGUUGCAACCCGAUGCCUCACCAUAGGAUUGGGUCUAAGUAUAAGAUUUAUCCCACUUAUGAUUUUGCAUGUCCUUUUGUUGACGCGGAAGAAGGUAUUACACAUGCACUUCGAUCUAGUGAGUACCAUGAUCGCAAUGCUCAGUACUACAGGAUUCAAGAAGAUAUGGGAGCUCGAAAGGUUCUCAUAUAUGAAUUUAGCCGGUUGAAUAUGGUAUAUACACUUCUCAGCAAGCGUAAGCUUCUAUGGUUUGUUCAAAAUGGAAAGGUUGAUGGGUGGGAUGAUCCUCGGUUCCCUACAGUCCAAGGAAUUGUGCGCAGGGGCCUGAAAAUCGAGGCCUUGGUACAGUUCAUCCUUGAACAAGGAGCAUCAAAGAAUCUUAAUCUCAUGGAAUGGGACAAACUCUGGACCAUUAACAAGAAGAUUAUCGAUCCUGUGUGUUCCAGACAUACUGCUGUCAUUGAAGAACGGCGUGUAUUGCUAACUUUAACUAAUGGACCUGAGGAGCCAUUUGUCCGGAUCAUACCAAGGCAUAAGAAAUACGAAGGUGCUGGGGAAAAGGCUACUACUUACACAAAGAGAAUAUGGAUAGAUCAUGCUGAUGCUGAAUCAAUCUCGGUAGACGAGGAAGUGACCUUAAUGGAUUGGGGGAAUGCCAUUGUAAAAGAAAUUAGAAAGGACCAAGAUGGAUAUGUCACGCAUUUAGCUGGGGUUUUGCAUCUUGAGGGAUCUGUUAAAACCACAAAGCUGAAGCUCACCUGGCUGCCAGACACAAGUGAACUUAUAACACUCUCUCUAGUGGAGUUUGACUAUUUAAUUUCAAAGAAGAAGCUUGAAGAAGAUGAGGAUUUCCUUGAUGUCCUUAACCCAUGUACGAAAAAGGAAACUGUAGCCCUUGGGGAUUCAAAUAUGAGGAACUUGAAGCGUGGGGAAAUACUGCAGCUGGAGAGGAAAGGCUACUUUAGAUGUGACGUUCCCUUCAUGAGGCCUUCAAGGCCCAUAGUUUUAUUUGCAAUUCCAGAUGGGAGGCAGCAAACCGUGUUGAAGUAA